UAUAUAUACAUACACACAAAGCUCUAGCUGAUAAGUGUGCAGCAUUUGAGACCAAACUAAGCAGAGUAGUCUGCCCCACCCCCACUAGCCAUGGUGGAACUGGGUCUUACUCUUACCUUGCGCACCUUGCCAGUCCCACUCCUCUCCGUCUCGCUCGCAGCUUCAGUCCUCUACCUGCUUCACCGGAGUCAUGGCCGGAAGAACCCGAAGAAGAAUGGUAAGGCCAGCCAGCCACCUCUCCCACCUGGCCCGCCAACGGCAACGUUGCUGGCCAAGCUUUUGUCGCUGAUGCGGCGGCCUCGCUUCGACAUUGGCCCCUACCUCCGCGAGCUGCACGCGCGCCACGGGCCCGUCAUCUCCCUCCGCCUCCACACGACCACCGUCUUCGUCGCCGACCGUCGCCUCGCGCACCGCGUCCUCGUCCGGGAAGGCGCCGCCUUCGCGGACCGCCCGCCGCUCGUCGAGCCCAACCCGCUCUUCAACGCCGGCAACAUAAACUCCGCGCCCUACGGGGCCUACUGGCGCCUCGUCCGCCGCAACCUCGCCGCCGAGACGCUGCACCGCGCCCGCCUCGGCCUCCUGGCGCCGGCGAGAAGGUGGGCGUGCGACGCCCUCGUCGCCAGCCUCCUCCGCGACGCGUCGUCGUCGUCGGAGUCCGGCGGCGGGGUCGUCACGGCCAGGCCGCUCCUCCGACGCGCCAUGUCGGAGCUGCUCGCGUACAUGUGCUUCGGCGAGCGGCUUCCCCCGGACGUGCUCGACGAGAUCGACGCGCUCGAGCGCCACGCGCUGCUCACCGCCACGUCCUUUCCGGUCUUCGCCAUCUUCCCGCCGGUUACCAAGAGGCUGUUCCGCAGGCGGUGGGGGGCGCACGUCGCCGUGCGCCGGAGGCAGGAAGAGCUCUACGCGUCGCUCAUCCACGCCACGAGCGCCGUCGCCGACGGAGACCAGCCGCCGUGCUAUGCCAAGUCGCUCCUCGCGCUGCGGGUGGCCGACGACGGUGACCGGCCGCUCACGGACGCCGAGAUGGUAAGCCUUUGCUCCGAGUUCCUCAGCGCCGGGACAGACACGACGGUGACACUGCUCGAGUGGAUCAUGGCCGAGCUAGUGAACCACCCGGACGUCCAAGCCAAGGUGUACGACGAGGUGACCAGAGCCGAGCCCCAGCUGCUUGACGACGCCGUCAACCUCCAGGCGCUCCCAUACCUUAAAGCCGUCGUUCUCGAGGGCCUGCGCCUGCACCCGCCAGGCCAUUACCUCGUCCCGCAUGCCGUGCGGAGCGACGCGGAGAUCGGCGGCUAUACGGCGCCUAAAGGAGCGGAGGUGAACUUCAUGGUGGCGGUGAUCGGCCGCGACGAGUCGGUGUGGACGGCGGCGCGCGAGUUCCGGCCUGAGAGGUUCCUGGUCGGCGGAGAGGGGAACGACGUGGACAUCACGGGGAGCAGGGAGAUCAAGAUGAUGCCUUUCGGCGCCGGGCGGAGGAUGUGCCCCGGGUACGCGCUGGGCACGCACCAUGCCGAGUUCUUCGUCGGCAGCCUCGUUAGGGAGCUCAACUGGCUGCCGGCGGAAGAGGGAGAGACCGUCAACAUGGAGGAGACCGUGGAGUUCACCACCGUCAUGAAAUACCCACUCCGUGCGCGCAUCAUACCAAGAAACAAUUAAUCCUGCUCACCUACAACAACAAUAAUCUGCAGGAGACAAUAUGCGGUGCUUCCAUCUCGUAGAGGAUCGCAUGGUAGGUACUCGAUUGUGCUCACCCGUGAGGCCGUGAAACAGAGCAUUAUCAAAGGCACCCUAUAUAUCGCCAUAACCUAGUCAAGUCUUGAUUGUGCGCACUAAAGCAUCUUCGUGCAAUUGAUGGCGUCACAUCAUAAUGUACACGUUAUAAAAUCAAAAUAAGUGCAUUAUUAAGAUGUAUUUCGUGAUGUAUCUCUAAUAAAUCUUGUUUGAUGUUGUAUA